UUUCGCCAUAUCUGGCAGUUGCGCUGAGUGGCUUGCUGGCAGCUGGCGGACGUUGUUGACUUCGCGGGGGUCGGCGGACGAAAGGCGCGGGACGUCGACUUCCGCACGCCAGCGCGCAGGCAGACAGCAGCCUUGUCGGCACUCCUCCUUAGCUGAGAAGCAGAGCUACUAGCUUGUAGGCAUGGCGGCGUCGACCCUCUCCGCAGCCAACACGGCUAUGGCCGCGGCCAGUCUGGCGGGAGCCACGACAAAGGUGGAGAUCAGCAACCCAGCCACCCGCGCUUCCCGCGUGUUCGCCCCCGCGGCGAAGAGCUCGACGAGGUCGCUGAGGUCCUUCGCCGUGCGCGCGCAGGCGGAGUCCCAGGAGGAGUCCGGUGCCGACCACAUCUCCCGCCGCUUCGCCGUCAACGCUCUCGCGGCGGCCGUCGCCUCCACUGCCAUCGCCCUGUCGGGACCUGCAUUCGCGGAGAGGAUCAACAUCGGCGCUCCCCCCGCGGCGUUCGGCGGUUUGCCCGGCACGGGCAAUGCCGACGAGGCCCGUGAUUUGGACAAGCCCCUCAAGCAGCGCUUUUAUCUUCAGCGCCUGCCUACUGCAGAGACGUUGGCACGUGUCAAGCAGUCCGCGGACGAGAUCGUUAAUGUGAAGCCCUUGAUCGAGAAGAAGCAGUGGCCUUAUGUGCAGAACGAGCUCCGCAGCCAGGCUGGCGCCUUGCGGUUCGAUUUGAGCAACCUCCUCGCCGAGAAGCCGAAGAGUGACAGGACGCAACUCAAGGCGCUGCAGAAGCAGCUCUUCGAGAAGAUCGAGGAGCUCGAUUAUGCGGCGCGCUCGAAGAACUUGGACAAGGCGUUGAAGCUGUACGGCGAGGCUGUCCCAUUAUUGAAUGACGUGGUCUCCAAAUUUUCUGGUUAAGCAAGCCUGAGGCCAUGAUCAAGCAAUCAGCGUAGCGCAGCAUAGUAGUACUACUACCCUAUUAGCCAACUAGAGAAGGGCACGGGGAGUCUUUGGGGGAAGGGGAAAAAAAAAAAAAAAAAAAAAAAGAGGGAAGAGGAGGGGGAAGAAUGAUGGCUGUUGUAUGUACAUUUGAUCAAAAAAAUCCUAUACUCCAUCUAUCCUUCACAGUAUUCACCCCUUUUGUGACCUCAACACCUAUAAUUUUGCUUCUACUCUGUCCUUCAACUUUGAAGUCUCCCUCUCCUCCUUCUCUCCACACCAACCAACCAACCAACCAGCCUGAUGUGCAUUUCAAUUGUUUUUCAUUAAUUUUCUAGAAAGCCCUAAAGGUUCUUUCUAUCCUUUGUAUCGUUUUUUUUUUUUUUUUUUUUUUUUUUUUUUGUACUACUUACCUCCUUCAGACCAACCUCAUUCGCUAUGAUCCCAUUUGCAUUGAAACUACUAUACAAAGAAAGGACUGAGUUCCACCCACCUGAUUUGCUCAAGUUGCAUUGAAACUUGAAAGACUCGCUGCAUAUCAGAAUCCCAUCCAAUCCGAUCCGAUAAACAGUUAACCCUUCU